AUGGCGGACACCGGCAAGAUGCAUCCUCAGGUCCAGCGCGAGCUGGCAUAUCUGUACCAGUUCGCUUCGCCGGUGAGAUGGAUUGAAACACAGGAUGUGGUGCUGCAGGAGCAGAAGGUCGAUCGGCUGGUCGAGAUUGGUCCUGCGGAGACCUUGCUCGGAAUGAUCAAGAAGACUCUGGCAGCCAAGUACCAAGUGCAUGACGCCGCACUGGCCAUCGAACGCGAGAUAUGGAGUCACAAGAAGAAUGUCCGAGAAAUAUACUAUGAAGGGAACGAGGAGACUGCGCCAGCCCAAACGGCCAAGGACACCGCCACACCUGCCCCCCAGCCCGCACAAGCCACAUCGACCAAGGAGGCUGCACCAGUCACUACACCGGCACCGGCACCCUCACGGCAAGCCUCCAGCAUCGAGGACAAGGCCAUAUCAGCCCUCGAUAUCAUCGUCGCGCUAAUAGCACACAAGCUUAAGAGGUCACAACAAGACAUCGACUUGAGCCAAACGAUCAAGAAGUUGGUCGGAGGUCGAUCCACCUUGGAGAAUGAGAUUGUUGGAGACCUCGGGGCCGAGUUUGGCUCCGUCCCGGAAGCACCCGAAGACACCCCUCUAUCGGAGCUCUCCCAGUCCAUUGAAGCCCAAGGCUCAUGGAAGAAAGGCCUGGGCAAGACCACACUGACCUUGGUCAACCGGAUGGUAUCGGCCAAGAUGCCGGCGGGUCUAGGGUCAGGGGAGGUCCGCGCUCACUUGCUUGGGAGGUGGGGAUUGCCGACAGGUCGCCAAGACGUUGUACUGCUGCGCGCCGCAGUUCAGCAACCAGCCGCUCGACUUCCCGAUACUGGUGCUGCGCACGCCUUCCUUGACGACAUUGUAGCUCAGUAUGCUCGAGACGCCAAAGUUGAUCUGUCUGCCGCUGGCAGUGCGUCGGAUGGUCCUAGGGCAUCUUCAGGCCCAGUCGUCGUCGAUCAGACUGCAGUCAAGGCGCUGUCCAAGACGCAGGACGACCGUGCUCAGGCGAUGCUGGAGUUGUACGCGAAGCUGUUGGGAGUGGACCUGCAGGCAGGUCACAAAGCCACCAGCAAGGCGGCAGAGACAAUCGCAGAGCUUCAGGACGAGUUGCAGCUGUGGAUCUCCGAACAUGGGGAGGUCUAUGGCUCUGGCAUCAAGCCAAUCCUGGCUGUUGCAAAGGCACGCCGAUACGAUUCGUCAUGGAACUGGGCCCAGCAAGAUGCAAUCGACCUCUUUCACCGGAUCCUCGCCGGCACGAUUGCGCUCACUGGCCGCGAGAUCGAUACCAUUAUGGGCCGCAUAGCUCGGAGAUCCAACCCUAAGCUCGUGCAGAUGUUGGAAUACCUGCAGACACAUUGCCUUAAGCUGCGGAACCCGCGAGCAGUCGACGCACGAGACGUCCUUCAUCAGCUGAUCACCGCUUGUAAGCCGGACUCACCGACGAACAUGCCCAUCACUGCUCAUCGUUUGGUUAUCGACGCACCAAAGACUACAAUCGAUAACCUAGGAAAGAUCCACUAUGCGGAAGUUCCUCGCACAGGUAUCGAAGCUGCUCCCCCCGUUGCACUGAAGUCACUGGGGAGCCAGGGCUGGGAAAGCCGCAUGGACUUGGAUUCUAUCUUCAUGACCUCUCUCCGAAGGACAGACCAACAGUGUCUCUCUUUCCACGACGCAGAAGUUCUCGUCAUCGGCGCGGGACGGGAUUCCAUUGGAACCGAGAUUGUGCGUGGCCUUUUGCGAGGAGGUGCGCGGGUUCUGGUCACCACGAGUAGCUACUCCCUGGCGACGACGCGUCUGUAUCAGCAGAUUUACGCUGAAGAGGGUGCCAGCGGGUCACAGCUCAUCCUGAUGCCCUUCAACCAGGCAAGCCAGCAAGACCUGGACGCUUUAGUUGCGCAUAUCUACGAUUCCGAGAAAGGUCUCGGGUGGGAUUUGAGCCACAUUGUCCCAUUCGCUGCCAUCCCCGAAGGCGGACGCCAGAUUGAGGAUAUCGAUUCCAAGUCAGAGUUGGCGCACCGCAUCAUGCUGACCAACACGCUGAGAUUGUUGGGAGCAGUCAAGAAGCAGAAGCAGGCCCGUGGAUUCGACAGCCACCCCGCCCAAGUGAUUCUACCCUUGUCCCCGAAUCACGGUAUCUUCGGAGGCGACGGUCUGUACCCGGAGUCGAAAAUUGCCCUCGAGACAUUGUUCAACCGUUGGAGCUCUGAGUCAUGGGGUGCAUACCUAUCAAUCUGCGGUGCGAUCAUUGGAUGGACACGCGGCACCGGAUUGAUGAGUGCCAACAACUCCGUGGCAGAGGACAUUGAAAAGAUGGGAGUCAGAACGUUCUCGCAGGUGGAAAUGGCAUACUACAUUCUGGUCCUGAUGUCAUCGCCCAUUGCGACAGAGUGCGAGGUGACUCCAGUGCAGGCGGACUUGAGUGGUGGGAUGGGCCAUUUCCUGAACUUCAAAGAAACAGUUGAUUCCAUUCGCCGUAACCAAAAGGAGACCAGUGAGAUCCGGGAAGCGCUGGCAAAGGAGGAGGCUUUCGAACUCGCAGCCCUCGGAAAGCCAUCGGAGCAGCAAUCACAGGAACGAGAGCAAAAGGCGAAACUCGCACUCGAGUUCCCUCGUCUGCCCGACUACCAUACCGAGAUCCUGCCCUUGGCCGGCCAAUUGCGCGGAAUGGUUGACCUGGAUCGGGUGGUCGUUGUCACUGGUUUCUCCGAAGUCGGACCUCAUGGUAAUUCUCGUACGCGUUGGGAAAUGGAGGCCCACGGGGAGUUCUCACUGGAAGGCUGCGUGGAGAUGGCCUGGAUCAUGGGUCUGAUCAAGCAUCACAGCGGCCCGCUGAACGGAAACUCCCAUUACCUGGGCUGGAUCGUCACGCAGACCAAGGAGCCUAUCCGGGACAUCGAUGUGAAGAAGCGAUUUGAGCAGCACAUUCUGGAGCACACCGGAAUCCGGCUGAUCGAGCCAGAGAUCAACGACGGCUACGAUCCGAACAAGAAGAAGUUUCUCCAGGAAGUUGUCCUCGACGAAGACAUGCCUCCGUUCAAGACGUCAAAGGAAACCGCGGAACAGCUGCAGUUAGAGCACGGCGAUAAGGUUGAAGUCAUCCCUGAAGGCGACGAGUACACCGUCCGCUUGCUGAAAGGAGCAUGCCUGAUGAUCCCUAAGGCCCUCCGAUUCGACAGAGCAGUGGCUGGCCAGAUCCCGACCGGAUGGGACGCCCGCACCUAUGGCCUCACCGAGGACCUGGCCAACCAGGUCGACCCAGCUACUCUGUACGCGCUCAUUGGUACGGUUGAAGCACUGCUGAGCGCAGGAAUCAGCGACCCCUUCGAAAUCUACCAGUACUUACAUAUCUCGGAGAUCGGUAACUGCAUUGGUUCCGGACUGGGUGGUGUUAAGGCGCUUCGAAAGCUGCACAAAGACCGGUUCGUCGAGAAGCAGGUCCAGAACGACAUCCUGCAGGAGUCCUUUAUCAAUACUACGGCGGCUUGGAUCAACAUGCUCUUGCUAUCCUCAACCGGUCCCAUCCGCACCCCUGUUGGAGCCUGUGCGACCUCCAUUGAAUCAUUGGAGUCUGGCUUCGAGACCAUUGUGUCUGGCAAGGCCAAGAUGUGCCUGGUUGGUGGCUUCGACGAUUUCUCCGAGGAUGUGUCCUACGAAUUUGCCAAGAUGAAGGCGACCGUCAGCAGUGAGGCGGAGUUCCAAAAGGGUCGCGAUCCCACUGAGAUGUCUAGACCAGCCGCUUCCACCCGUGCAGGCUUUGUCGAAUCCCAAGGCAGUGGUAUCCAAGUGAUCACAUCUGCCCAGCUGGCCUUAGACAUCGGCCUUCCCAUCCAAGGCAUCGUCGCAUGGGUAGGCACAGCCAGUGAUAAGAUCGGACGAUCCGUUCCCGCCCCAGGCAAGGGUCUCCUCACAAACGCACGGGAAGCACGACACCGAAUCCCGUCGCCGAUGCUGGACAUCUCCUACCGACGGCGGAGAAUGAACAUGUCUCUCCAACACAUCAAGGAGCGCGUCGACAUGGAGGCGCAAGUUGCGGAGGCAGAACUGGCUGAUCUCAAGCGCAGCCCAAGUCCUUAUGCAGAAGAGCGCAUCGAGGAAAUCAACGAGCGACUACGCUAUGUGCGCCAGGAAGCCCGUAUCCAGGAGAAGGACGCGCUGAACACGUUUGGAAACCACUUCUGGAAGAACGAUCCGGAGAUUUCCCCGCUGCGUGGUGCCCUCGCGACAUGGAAUCUGACCGUAAAUGAUCUGGAUGUGGUCUCCUUCCACGGCACGUCGACGGUGUUGAACGAGAAGAAUGAGACAGACAUGAUCAGCAGGCAACUACGUCAUCUUGGCCGGACGAAGGGGAACCCAGCCCUCGGUAUCUUCCAGAAAUACCUCACUGGGCACUCGAAGGGCGCCGCGGGGGCGUGGAUGCUCAACGGUGGUCUCCAGGUCCUCAACACAGGCCUGGUUCCCGGCAACCGGAAUGCGGACAACAUCGACGCGGCACUGGAGAACGACUACCUCAUCUACCCGAGUCGUAGUAUCCAGACCAGCGGGGUGAAGGCCUUUUCCGUGACCUCCUUCGGGUUUGGCCAGAAGGGCGCACAGGCGCUGGGAGUGCAUGCGCGCUAUCUCUUUGCCACGCUGGACCAGGCCACGUACGAAGCUUAUAAGGGACGCGUCGAGGCGCGCCAGCAGCGGGCACAGCAGCAUUUCCGGUAUGGAAUUGCUCACAACGCGGUGUUCUCGGCCAAGGAGAAGCCGCCAUACCGGGGCGACCAGGAGUACCGGAUCCUGCUGGAUCCCGAGGCGCGGCUGGCGGAGAAUGGUCGGGGGGAUUUGGAGUAUGCGGGGUAG